CCUUUACCUCUCGCCCUGGGUUCGCGAUUUAUCAAAACUUUGUCGUAUGAAACGGCGAAGCAAAUGGGACCAAUUGUUAUCGGAUAUGCAGUUUCAGGGCAGAGAAAUCGUAGAGAGGCCCCCUGAAGGUAUGUUUGCACCUGUUGGUACCAAGUUUGACGUCAACAGUCUGGAAGCGACGCAGUCUGGAAGCAAUGCCGCUGCUGCAAUGGCUGCCAAAUUAAAUGCCAUGUUAGCCGCACAGGGAAAGAUUAUGAAAGCCCCGGCUCCUUUACCGAUAGGAAAUGCAAUGCAGCAGCAGCAAAUGGUCCCACAGUUUUUUACUGUAGAAGUGGUGAUUAAUGACAUCCCUAGCAGAGUUAUUCUCACAAGAUCAGCGACUCACCAAGAAAUUCUUAGACAGACUGGUGCUGCGGUGUCAGUCAAAGGUCGUCACAUGACUCCAGAAGAGAAAUCAUUAGGAACAAUGGAUCGACCACUUUAUUUGUACAUUUGUGCUGAUACUCAGGCGAAAGUCAAUGCUGCGAAAGAGAAAGUUAAAACAAUCAUUUUGCAGUCAGAACUGAGCUUUCCUGUUGAUCAGCGACCUUUCACCAAUAAUCCACAUUUGUUUAAUACAAUCGGCUUUGAUAAUAGUCAAAUGCAAAGACCCGGUGAAGCAGUAGCGAGUACACCAGUGUUACGUUACGUUCAAGACAAAGUGUUUGUUGAAGCAGAGAGUGUUCCUGGUUUUGAUGUUAUUGAGAAGAUAUCGGGACCACAGGGUUCCUACCUCAGACACAUAGCAGCAGAGACUGGCGCAAAGGUGUUCUUUCGUGGUCAGGGCUCUGGUUACAUUGAGCCUACCUCAGGAAAGGAGUCAUUUGAACCUUUCCAUCUGUACAUUAGCCACCCUAGAAACGAGGGGCUUCACGCAGCUAAGCGUCUGUGUGAGAAUUUAGUACAGAAGGUCCAAAGGGACUAUGAAAUGUUUGUCCAUUCUCAACACCAAUUGCAUCAACAUCAAUAUCAACAUCAACAUCCACCCAUGGAUGACAUUACUGGAGGCAAUUGGGGGUCUAAUUAUAAGUCAGGUCCUCCUUCUCUGAUGUCUCUGCAAUUGCCGUAUCCUCAAAUGCAUCAUUUUCCUCCAGCUAGGCACCAUCCACCCAUGGGUCCGCAAGGUCCACAAGUAUUUGAUCAUUCUCAUCUGCAUCCACCUCAUCAACCACUCAUGAUGGAACCACGUUUUGGGUUUGAAGCAGAGCCUCGUCCACCUUAUAAUCCAGGAUCAGGUCCUGGAUUGCCAAUGCAGUUUGGUCCUCCUCCUCUUCCUCAAGGCCCUGCCCCUCAAGCUGUAGUUGACCCAUUCAUACCACCCUGUAAUCCUCCUCGUUCUGUUCCGCCGACAACGUUUGACUAUCCACCACCGCAGCCCGAGUAUCCGACAUUUAACACUCAGCCGGCACCUCAACCAGUGUCACAACCUGUGCAUCAGUCUACACCAUUGGGCGGGUUCAAUGUAAUUAGCUGGAAUCCGGCUGCUGUUCCUCAGGAUGAGCCAAAGAAAGAUGAAACAGAAGGUCCUGCUCCUCCUCCUGCCAAGCGUCGUUUUACUGAAGCUGUAACUUCAGAGUCGUCUGAUGCUAAGUCUGUUAAAACCUCUUCACAGAGUUCUCAUUCUUCAGUUGGUGAUAAUGUAGAAUUCCAAGUGCCCAGCAAUGUCACUAGUCCUAGAAGGUUUCAAGAAUCGCAACAUAGUUCAACUAGUUCUGGUCAAACGUUUGCAAAGCCACUUCCACCUCGCAGUUCUGGAACAUUUGCGAAACCAGCCCCGCCACCUCCAGUCGCGUGGCCAGAUAAAUCAAAAGAAGAGGACAAUAAUGCAAAGAACAAGAGUAAACAAGUUUCAGGUUUGGCUUCUCUUAUGGCAUACGAAGGUGACUCUGAUGAUGAUAGUACUUGAUAGUAUAAACACUCCGUAGUAGUAGUAUUACAUACAAACGUAUGUGUUGAUAUAAAAUAAAUCCUGUUUUGCU